AAAGAUAAAAUAGACGAGAAAAGUUUUCAUAGAUAAAAUUGAUCUAUAACUGUUUAUUACAUGUUGAGGUGCACAAGUCUGGCUGUCCGUGUUAUGUUUGGACCAUAACCGAUAAACGAUUUGAUUGUUAAUUUUGGAUGACAUAAGGAACCAAACAGGAAAUCAGAAGUAUCUGAUACACUUUCACAGCCUUUGUCAUCGUAACCGAUACACUUUCACAGCCUUUGUCAUCAUAACAUGGGCUUCGGUUGCAACCUCAGUAAACAAAUUAACAGAAAGAUUUAUAGACAUGAUCAUCACAGACCCAACUUCUAAGCCGGAGGAUUAGUGAUUAAAAGCUGACAACGUUGUGAUAAUGAAAUAAAUGUUCAGGUACUAAACAUAUGGUAUAAACCCUCCUCCUAGCGUUUUCAAAAAGCAGUGUUCUCACGGCAACAAAUGAGCUUAUCUGUACUUGGUUUGGUGGACACUGUCGAACAUGUUUUUUGUUGAACAAUGUUAUUGCGGUGGAUUUAUAAAAUCGCUUGAUUAUCUUCCAUAGCAGUAUGGCUGCCUUAAAUCUAUCCAACCACAUAUAGACGAUUCUAAUUAUUUUAAGUGUUGCAAACAUCCUACAUAAUUACCGUUUUGCUAAAUAAACGUAUGAGAUUAGCUUUUAAAGUUUACUUUAAUAAAUAAGUCCAUAUUAAAACACUAGUGUAUUUUAUAAUGCAACUACUUAUCCACAAACGCAUUUGUACUGUACUGUAUAUUUGUAAGUAAUCUUGUGUUUAUCCCCCAGGCUAAAAACAAAAACGUCCCCAAACUGGUUAAAAUGUAAAAACGCGAUUAAUUAGGAAAUUGUUUUAAAAUGUUAUUUUACAUUUUGUGGCAAGUGAAAAGCAGGAUAAUUACAAGUGUCAUAGAUAUAAUUAGUAGGCCUAUUCAUUUUUCGUGGCAGCGGAUGUUUGAGUAUAUCUGCGUUUCCAAGCAACGCGUCUCUCCCCAAAGUUGCGGUUACGAAAUGCUGCUAAAUAAGUGAAGGGAUGACAAGCCGCAAAAUAAAAGUGGUGGGUCAUCUUUCCCGAGCCGAGGCCAGUCGGCAGGUGGCAGAAGGCCAGGACAUGCUGUACUCCAUGAACCAGGUGGUGGCUUGCACCCAGGACAUCCAGCAAACAUACCGUAGCAUCCUGGGUCCACUGACACUCUUCUGCCAGUACAGCCCUGAGGGAGAGAAGGCAGAUAGGUUCCAGGAAGAAAGGCUGCGGUCCACGUCGGUGGCUGAGUGGGUGGAAACCACCCCCACCUCCCUGGCCGCGAUGCUUCAGCAGCUGCAGCACAGGAUUCAGGAGAUGCCCAUGCCUCAUUCCACCCCCGUGGAGGACCAGCAAGCUUUUGCGGCGGUAAUGACGUCUGAGCUGGGCCUGAUCUGGCAGGAUCUGGAGGGGCUGAUGGAUGAGCCCACGCUGACUCGGGUGGAGAACAGGCAGCUGCACUCGCAGACGUGCCAGGAGGUCCUCCGUGUUGGCCAGGAGCUCUACCUCAACUAUCUCCAUCUGAUGGACACACUGAGGCGCCGCGCCGUCUUCAGUGACCAGGCCAACCGCAGCCGCCUGGAAGCCCAGAUGGCCAUAGACUGUGCCAGCCUUCUAAACGUCCAUUUGAUCAGACGCAACAUAGCGACAGGCAUCAAGGCCUCGCGGAGAGCGCUGAUGAAUACUGAGAGAGGCAGAGCCUCUGGGCCUGAUCUGAAUGGGGCGAUGGAGGCACGCACAGAAAUGCAUCUCAAACUGGACUUUAGUCAGACUCUGACACCGAGCAAGAAGAGCGGUGUCACCAAACACAGCAAAAACCUUAUAGAGAGAGACAUCAAAGAGAUGACAGAGAUGAUGGGAUACAUAGACCUGGAGCUGGCCUAUGACUUGGUGCCCUGUCACCUGGAGCAGAUCACCAGUAAAGAAGGUGGAAAGCAUGCCGGUUUGGCCAGUGUUUCACAAGCAGACGUGGAGCCCAGAAUGUAUUACCAUAGCUACACCAGACUGAAGGGAUGUAGUUCCAUGCCAGACCUGCAGAGGGAGUCCCUCCUGGGGGAGCUGGAGAUGGAGUGUCCGCCGGCCAGACCGCAGUCCCCCCUGGUGCUGCUGACCACUGGUCAAGGCUCCAGCCUCGAGAAGCCCAUCCACCCUGCCGACGACCUGAGGAGGUUGCUACAGGACAGCGUGAGUGUGGAUCAGGCCGUGACAGACAUCGAGUCAGACCUCCCUCCUCUGAUCAAAGCCUUGACGUGGAGAAGCUCCACCAAACUACAACUGCUCACACGCACUCUACGGAGGCUGGAAGAGGAAGAGGAGGAGAAGAAGAGGAGACGCCGUGUGGCUAAGAAGGAGCUAGAGCACCCCCAAGGAGACGUGGUGAAUGUGACUCUGUCCCAUGGUUCUCUAGCCCGCACGGCGGCCGCACGUAUCUCAGACAGGGUGCUCGCCGAUACAAUCUCAAUCCACACACACCCCCCCGUCUACAACGACCUCACCAAAGAGCUUGAACUAUCCUCAGUGCGAUGGCUGGAUCGGAAUCUCUUUUCUGGGCAAGAAAUAAAGGAAGUGUAUAAGGAGUUAACCAAAAGUAUAUCAAAACAGUUUCUCAACUUUAAUGAGGAUCCCAUGAUAGAACCAGCCCUGACACACCCCAAAUGGAGUCUGAAAAAGAAGAACCAUGAGAGGUUCAUCAACCCACAGCUAAAAAGACAGAACACCAACACCAAGUCCAAGAGGAAGAAGGCCAAGAUCCCAGAGGACCAUAACAAGCCAUUGGACCAGUAUUCCCGGGCAUACGCUGCCUGGCUACAGUGGUGGAAGACCACCCUCUCACUGGAGGAUUACCUCCAAUACAUAUCCAAUCAGGACUCUGACUACCUAUGGGCAGUGUUCCACCUGUACGACAGUGAGAAAAGUGAUGAUGAGGAGGACGAGAGGGGGCAACUCCAGCUACAACGAGACGAGAGGAAGAAGAGACGCAGGCAGAAGAUUGAGGCUUUGAAGUGUCAGAAGCAGGAGUAUGUGACAGGGGUGUGGAAUGUCAAUACGGUGCUACUGGGGGGGCUGUGGAAGGAACCUGAACUGGAGGAAGAGGAAGAAAGCCCUGAUGAAGAAAUCACAAGCCCUAAACAAAAGACACAUAGGAGAACGGGUGUGGGGGCCAAGCAGACUUGUGAGGGAUGGGUGUCGGUAGAGGGGGAGCAGGUCCAGAGCAGGCUGGAGAGGAUCUGGACUGUCCUCAGUCUGCCUGACACCCACAGACUGGACAUGGCCAUCAAGUACAGUUCCGAUGCAUAUAGACACCAGCUGGAAGAGGCUACAGCAGCAUGGGAGCGGGCUGCCCGUCUCAUCCAGCAGAGGGAGACAGUUCUGGCUCGUUUGGAGCUGUUUGAGAGGGAGGCUUCUGACCCCAACCGCUUCUUCCAGCGAGGAUACCAGGGCACAUCUACAGCAAGGAUGGAAGAGUCAAAACACCGGAAGAAACUUAACUCCCAGAUUUCCUCUCUGGAUAAAGUGUUGUCAAAGAUCCUCCAGCACAUUACAGACACCUUCCAUGACACUGUCACAUACAAGGGGAGGCCAUAUGGGGAGAAGAUGCGCUGGGACCGUAUUGAGUUGCUCUACUGGCUGCAACAGGAGCGCCGGGUCCAGGCUCUGGAGCGUGUGGUUGAGGGGAAGGGCCUUCCAGCCAGACUGCCCUCCCUCAACUCUAACGUCCAGCUAUACCACAGCACUCACUCCACCACACAAGCAAACGCCCCCACCCUCAGUCAGAUAUCCCAGCCUCUCCAACACAAACCAUCUGAUUUCAAUGUAUCCAGUAUAUGUGUGAACAGCCUGAGCAAAUGAAUUAAAGUAUACCAAUAAUGUUGUAUUACUGUUACUAUAAAAACACAAUUCAUACA